UUUCAACUCUUUCUCUUCCUUCUGUUCUCAAUUUCCAUUUAAAAAAGAAAAUAUUUACCAUCUCAAAUUUCUCGCCGUGGUGGUUUUGCAGUUGCUAAUCAAGUCUGAAGCUUAAGUUCAGAUGAUUUGACCGAGAAGAAACGGUAAACUCCCGCAUUCAGAAUCAUGGGCCAUUGCUGUAGCAAAAACGUGUCCGUCAACAAUGAAUCAACCUCCACUGUCAAUCAGUCUCAGCCGCUACCGGUUCCGGCCUCGGCAACCCCAUCCGUUGAGACAAACUCUUAUGCUGUUAGUCCAUUUGCUAGUCCACUACCCGCUGGAGUGGCGCCGUCUCCAUCACCAGCUAGAACACCGGGAAGGAAGUUCAGGUGGCCUUUGCCGCCUCCCUCUCCUGCCAAGCCGAUCAUGGCGGCAAUAAUGAGACGAAAGGGGUCGAACAAGGCGGCUCCGACGGAAGGAACAAUUCCCGAGGAUGGGGAAGGAGCGGUGCUAGACAAAAAUUUUGGAUACGGGAAGAAUUUAGGGGCUAAAUUUGAGCUAGGCAAGGAGGUUGGGCGAGGGCAUUUUGGUCAUACUUGCUGGGCCAAGGGAAAGAAAGGAGAGCUAAAGGGAAAGUCGGUGGCCGUUAAAAUCAUUUCUAAAGCUAAGAUGACCUCAACAAUAUCAGUAGAAGAUGUUCGGCGGGAGGUCAAAAUACUGAAAGCCCUAUCCGGUCAUAAAAACAUGAUCAAGUUUCAUGAUGCUUUUGAGGAUGCCAAUAACGUUUAUAUUGUCAUGGAAUUAUGUGAAGGUGGAGAACUACUUGACAGAAUUUUGUCUAGAGGUGGUAGAUACACCGAAGGGGAUGCUAAAAAUAUAAUUGUGCAAAUUUUAAGUGUAGUAGCUUUUUGUCACCUUCAAGGGGUUGUGCACCGUGAUCUAAAGCCCGAGAAUUUUCUUUUUACCACAAGAGAUGAGGAUGCUCCAAUGAAAAUUAUCGAUUUUGGUUUAUCUGAUUUUAUUAGGCCGGAUCAACGUCUGAAUGAUAUUGUUGGCAGUGCAUACUAUGUUGCACCGGAAGUGCUGCAUAGAUCAUACAGUGUUGAAGCUGAUAUGUGGAGUAUUGGUGUCAUAACAUAUAUAUUGUUAUGUGGAAGCAGACCUUUCUGGGCCAGAACUGAAUCAGGAAUUUUUCGUUCUGUGCUUCGAGCUGAUCCUAACUUCGAUGAUUCACCUUGGCCUUCUGUAUCAUUGGAAGCCAAGGAUUUUGUGAAAAGGCUUUUGAACAAGGAUCACAGGAAAAGAAUGACUGCUGCCCAAGCUUUAGCUCAUCCAUGGUUACAAGAUGACAAUCGUGUUGUGCCUUUGGAUAUUUUGAUCUACAAGUUAGUCAAGUCUUACAUUCGGGCUACCCCUUUCAGACGAGCAGCACAAAAGGCACUUUCAAAAGCUUUACCGGAUGAUGCGCUUCUGUAUCUUACUGGACAGUUUAAGCUUUUAGAACCAAAAGAUGGAUGCGUGUCCCUCAGUAAUUUUAAAACAGCUUUAAUGAAGAAUAGAACUGAUGCCAUGCAGGAGUCAAGGGUUUUUGACAUUAUAAAUGUGAUGGAGCCACUCUAUUACAAAAAGAUGGACUUUGAAGAGUUCUGCGCUGCUGCAAUCAGUGCAUAUCAGCUCGAAGCAUCUGAAGAAUGGGAGAGUAUUGCAAGCACAGCUUUCGAGUAUUUCGAACAAGACGGAAACAAGGUCAUUUCAGUGGAGGAAUUGGCACUGGAACUAAAUCUGGGGCCAUCAGCUCAUUCUUUGCUUAAAGAUUGGAUAAGAGUUUCAGAUGGAAAACUGAGCUUCCUCGGGUAUACGAAAUUUUUACACGGUGUGACAAUUCGUGCUUCUAAUGUAAGACGUCGAUAGCAUUUAAAGACGGCCAGGGACAGAAUUCUUUUUCUUUUUCAUUUAGUGAAUUUAACCUAAAAAUAUAUUUAGCAUUCUUUCUGUUUUGAAUCGAGAGUAAAGGUGUUAUAGGUAUAGAAGCGAAUGUUUAGGCAGAAAAUCGUGCACUCUUAACAAUUUAAAUCACAUAAAUGUUUUCGUGAACUUUACCUGGAAA